AUGGGACGUACAGAAAAAUCUCAAGGCCUUGCGCCUCCUGCAAUUCGCAAAGACAUACGCGCAAAACAAGCCCGCAACAUUGUCAACAAAGUUGUUCCAGCGAUUCUGGCUUCGAACACGAGAGCAAGACGUGGCGCCGAUGCGAGUGAGCUGAUUGCUGAUCCGGAACCGGCGUCGAGCAACGACGUGAGAAAGGCAGAUGCGGGUGGCGACGAUGUGGCGUACAUCAAGCGAAAAGGCCAAGGACGACGAAAAGCAAAAGGCCGAAACGACGAAGAAGAUGCUGAGCAAGAUGGAGCUGUUCGCAAAAUCGGUUCCAGAGCUAAGAAAAGCGGGAAGAGGAUGAACGAAUCCAACGACGAGGAUUUGUCGAGUCUCACGCUGGACCCGAGACUUGAAGUCCCAAGGCCACCGGGAAGAAAAUGUACAGUGAGAAUUAUAACUACGGACAGCCUCACAGCUGCGCAAGUGCUCUCCACAACCGCCACGAAAUCAGUCAAGAAAUCGUCCAACGUGUGCAUUCUCAACAUGGCCUCGCCUCUCCGUCCUGGCGGCGGCGUCCUCACUGGCGCCACCUCCCAGGAAGAAUUCCUCUGCGCGCGCACCACACUCUUACCCUCGCUGAAAGAAUCUUUCUACCGCCUGCCCGAGUACGGCGGUAUCUUCACCUCCGACGUGCUCGUCUUCCGCUCGCUCGGUUCCUUAGGCGACAGCGCAGCAGAACUGGGCGCAGGGGAACGGUGUUACAUCGACGUCAUCAGCGCAGGGAUGUUGCGGUUUCCAGAUUUAGAGGGCGAAGAGGACGAGGUGAAAAGGUUAGCGAAGAAGGAUCGAGAAAUUAUGGAGCGGAAAAUGAGGGCGGUGCUGCGGAUUGCCGAAAUGAAGGGGGUGAAGAAACUGGUCCUUGGAGCUUGGGGGUGCGGCGCAUACGGUAAUCCUGUUGCAGAUGUGGCUUCUGCUUGGUCGCGCGUUUUGUCCGGUGCGUCCUCGAGUGCGAAGAAAAGUAAGAUGACUGUGGCAGUCGAAACAUGGCCGAAUUUGGGAGACGUGGUAUUUGCGAUUUCAAAUCCUAGAAUGGCGGCCGACUUUGCAAAGGCGUUUGGUGGUGGGAUUGAGGCUGAGGCUGGGCCACGCAGCUCUGAUGCAGACGACGAGGACGACGAAGAAGGUCAUGGAGUUGACAAGGUUGCGACAGAAUUGCGGGCGAAGAUUGAAGAGAUGGAAAGUCAGUUGAGUAAAGUGUGGAAUGCGGAUUUGAAGUCGAGGCUUGGCGUUGUGCUAGAUGGGCUGAAGGCGCAGCUGAGAGAGAGGCAGGGCGUGGGCGAUGACAGUGAGCAGGAUGGUAUAGAUUCUGAUAAAGCUGGGGCAUUCGGACGAACAUGUUGA